AUCCCGAAUUUCCUCCGCGGGCACACGCGCUUCCCGCUGCUCGAGGAUGACGCUCCCGAGUCGUCCGGUCUCGCCCGAGUCUGGUACGCCCGGCAUUAUUCGCGAGCGAACACGUUGGAUUGAACCCGCGAUUUAAAAAAUAAUAAUAAUAAUAAAUCCAAGUUUGCUUUCGACGAAGAAAGAGAAGGAGAGAGAGAGAGAGAGAGAGAGAGGGAGGACGGUAUCACGGAUGUUCCUGUGUAUAUCUCAGUGGCAACGAGUGCACGAAGACUAUCGAUUGCCGAGUGUAUUUAAACGACUGCGCGUGGAAUCGUUAAUAACCGCGUUCUCUGGGCAGAGAAGCCUUGUUGCUCCUGCCUCAUUCCUUUGACAUGAACAUUCCAUCGUAACCGUUGAUGACAGUUCGCCCUAUCAGUUGACAAAAGUCUUUCCGGUGCGAGGAACAGUGGGGGGAUACCCUUGACACUAUGACGAGACCCAUAAGGAAGUGCCGGUAGUCCUUGGUUGGCAGGGAUGUCCUCGUGACAUGUUACCCCGUGACCUUGGCUGGCGCAACUACAACGUCCUCCGUGGAGAGGGUCGUCUUCUGGUGCGCGGAUCCACGAGCGGGAGUACGGGAGGAGGAGGUGGCCGAUCCUUGAAUCCGCGCGAGAUCGAGUAUCGCCUGCUGCCGCUGGUGCAGGUCAAACCCGACUUUGUGAUCCCAUAUGUGCUCUGCUGGAGAGUACCGGGCGCGAUUCACCGCAUCCAGAUUAAUCCGUCGAUCGUCCAUCAUCAUCAUCACCAUCAUCAUCAUCAUCAUCAUCAUCAACAGCAGCAGCAACAGCAGCAGCAACAUCAACAGCAUCACUAUCAGCAGCAACAACAUCCACGUCAGCGUCCACGAUACUUUGAGGGAGCGUCGCGAUCACGUCCACCGCCCUCGACGGAGCAUCGUCCCACGUACGGCGUCCAGCGUGACAUCCUUGUGGAUUCUGGUAUGGAAACAAGAGUGGACCGUUUCGUAGCGAACAGAAAUGAGGACACGAGGUACAAAGCGAAUCGUUGCGUGAGCGGGGGUGGUAGCCGCGGAAACGGAGCGACUGGCGGUACCGGAGGCGGCUCAGGUACUGCAGGAGGCCGCGGCGGCGGCGGCGGGGGCGGUGGUAGCCCCGGUAGGGGCGCCGGCGUCGGAGGAGGAGGAGGAGGCGGCGGGGGAGGAAUAGACGGUAGUGUGGUGCCUGCUGCACCACCGACUACCGGCCAUCACCAUCACCACCAUCACCAUCAUCAUCACCUCACGACCACGACUACCACGACUACCACCACCACCACCACCUGCGGCAACAGACACCAUAGGCACAAACUGCCCGCCAGCAAGCAGUGCACGGAACACCGUCACCAUCCCCAUCACCACCGGCAUCACCCACACCACCGCUCCCACCACCGGGGCAUGAACAUGGGUCAAAAGAUUUCAGGCGGCGUGAAGAGCAUGAGCCGGGAGAGCGGUGCCGGAGCUGGCGGCGGGGUCGGCGUUGGCGGUGGCAAUAACACGACGUACACGCGGUCGGUGGUGCCGCGAGAGCUAGCGCAGGAUUUUGCGAGACCGGCGCGUCUCGAUGUACUCUUGGAUAUGCCUCCUGCCUCGCGAGACACCCAAGUCCAUCACAGCUGGAAUGCCGACGAUCGUAGCUUAAAUAUAUUCGUCAAGGAGGACGACAAGUUGACGUUUCAUCGACAUCCAGUUGCGCAGAGUACAGAUUGCAUACGAGGGAAGGUGGGGUAUACCAAGGGCAUGCACGUAUGGGAGCUUUAUUGGAGCACGAGGCAACGGGGUACGCACGCAGUGGUUGGAGUCGCCACGGCGGACGCGCCUCUACACAGCGUUGGCUAUCAGAGUUUAGUGGGCAACAAUGAACUUAGUUGGGGUUGGGAUCUUGGUAGAAACAAACUCUAUCACGAUUCGAGGAACAACAAUGGUAUAACGUAUCCGGCCCUUCUAAAGCCCGACGAAACAUUCAUUGUUCCUGACAAGUUUCUUGUGGUGCUCGAUAUGGACGAAGGUACGUUAGCAUUCGUAGUGGACGGUCAGUAUCUCGGAAUAGCCUUUAGAGGUCUGAAAGGAAGGAAAUUGCAUCCCAUCGUGUCUGCCGUUUGGGGACAUUGCGAGAUCACAAUGAAAUACAUCGGUGGACUUGAUCCCGAGCCUUUGCCUCUCAUGGAUCUUUGUCGAAGAGUGAUUCGACAGCGAAUUGGCAAGCAUAGACUAGAAGAUAAAAUCAACGAGCUAAAUUUACCGCAGACGAUGAAGACUUAUCUUCUCUAUCGGGACAGAAGGUAACCACCGAGUGAAUCUCUUCAAGAUACCACCACGAUUAUGACUGCGAACAUCACCGUUUUGCAACCUUGCCACUACGACGCGACCGUCCGCUAUCCCCUCGCAUGCCACCAAGGACAGCAAACUCUUAGCCGCGCGUCUCCGUUAUUAAUUAAGCGCACGACGAUCAACAAGCUGGCAUGGAUCAUGCGACGACGCGCCGAGACACGCCUAGUACCUCGUGAAGGCACGCUGAGACAGCGACGCCGAAAUACCAUACUGAUAACAACUCGUGGCGCCUUUAUCAGGACAAGUCACGAGGACCGCAAUCCUCAUCAUCGUCGAUGAAUUCACCUCAAUAUAGUUGACAAACAAAGAAGGAAGUGAAGCAUGUUUAAAAGGAAACAUAUUUCUGAAUUUAGGUGAUACUGUUGUCUUUUAUGUCGUGUACAAUUCUAUAUCGCGAUAGAAUUAAAUAUAUUUAUUGAUUAUUAGAAUUAUUCCGAGGAACACGGCAGUUUCGAUAUCUCUCGCAGUGAAAGACGCGACACGCGUGCGCAUAUUGUACGAUCUUUUUCUUCAGUAUCCACCUUGCUGACGAUACACGUAUCAAUGCUGACGAACGGAAUCGCGAUGGCAAUUUCGUGCGACAAUUUUAUGCAAAUUCGGAGACGCGCGGUUAGAAAAGGAAGACGAAAGGUUAUGCGAAAAUACGAAAAGACUACAAGCACUUCGCAAGUUGGCCAGUAACAAAAAUUAGACUUAAUCAAGCCUGGAGGCUGAUAGGGAUGUGUCGUUUGCUUACAACGGGGAUUGAUCCGAUAGUGGACAACAGGUUUGCUUUAAUCCGGCCGCAGAAGAAGAAUGGUGGAGCAACAAGGAAGAUGGAGAGAAAGAGGAUACACGAUGGAAGAAGAUACGAAAAUUUUUCUACGAUGAGGAAUGAUACUCGGCGAAAAAUGUGACUUUGAUCGCACGAUUAACGUGUGGAACGAUUAAUUCAGUUUGGACAGGUGUGUAUAGUGAUGGAUAUAUUGGGCAGCCACCUUCCAAUAGACUCAUUUUUCAAGUAUUUUUUAAGCAUGCUAGGUCUAAUAAAGUAUAGUGGUGUGUGCGUGUAUCGUGGAUGGAUAUAAAAGGAAAAGGACGACGAGGGAAGGGAGAUACGGAUAAAGAAGAAGAAUAAAAGUAUAACCCUGCCAUAAUCUUUUCUUUAGCAGUGUUCGAAAUGUAGACAUUACAAUUGCGAAUUCUGCGAGGGAGGAAUCCGAGUGAAAAGGAAACGCGAAGAGAAUAUAGAGGGUAAGCAUCUGAAACUCGCGCUGUGGUGAAUCGAAUAAAUAAAAGACAUCUCUAAAUAAACUAAAUAACAAAAAAGCAUGUUACUAAAAAUUAAUUAUCUACACAUCUAAUUGAUUUUAAUGCGCUGUAAUGACUUGCGGAAAAUAGUAUGUAUUUAACUAAUAUUUAAGAGAGAAGCGAGAGAGAGAGUGAACACGGGCAUUGGCACAAAUUAUUCCAAACGCGAAUUGAGAAACUGUCACAUGGAAAGAGGGCCGCUAUGUAGUUAAAUAUAAUCCGAUAAGCGAAAAGAAAUGUUAUACGCGCGAGUAUAACGCGACAUGAUAUAUCGGAUUAUACUUGUCACGGAUUAUAUUCGUCAUAACGAUCAUAAUAGUUACAAUGACGAUGAUGAUGAUGAUGAUGAUGCUGAUUAUAUCGGGUGUGUAACUAUUAUACUAUUAGCAUGACAAAUCUUACGACUGGUCCCUAGUAUCUCUUUAACUCUUACGUUUGUCACUUAGAUUAAAGACAAUGCCACCUGUCAUCGGCUACGUCGAUUUGUAUAUAGAUAUAUAUUGAUAAUAUUGUACGACGACGUACGUGUGUAUUAUGGACGACGAUUGUAUCCGUAACUGCGGAGCGAAGGCAGACCGAAUGCGAGAGUGAUAUGUAUUAUCGUUCGCCAUUUCGCGCCAUCUCAUUCGGUAUAAGAGAUUUUCCUUUCCUAGCCUUAUUUAGCGGUUCGUAAAAAUCAUCGUCCUGAUUUUCAAUAUCACACGUCACUACGUUUGCACCUCUGGCUUGAGCUCGUCCGAGACUCGGAUCGCGUCUUCCAAAUUAUCGUCGGUUAUUCAUCUUUGAACCGAUCUAAGCCUCGUUAGACGUAAAAGUCACGUCUAUCUAUUAUCUUUCCCCCUUGAUCGAGUCCACCGCGCUCGCUCGUUGUACCGCUCUAUCCAAUAACAAUCGUCGCGGUCUUCGAGGCGGCACCAAUCGAUCCCACAACAUUUUAAACGCGCAUGAUCUCGCACUCGGAAGCUUCGAUCGCACUAACUCUGCGGUUCUCAAUACGCGCACUACAUCCGGAAUUAUGGUCUGUCAGCGGCGUGUAGUUUGCCCUCGCUAUCUCCCGCUCUGUCUCGGAGAUACGCGGAGCGUCUUGUCUCGAUACGCAAAUCUGCGACGCGAACGGAUCGAAUGACAAGGGACGCGUGCGAAGGCGAAAAAACUCGUUAUAUUCGAGGGGUUCAUCGUCUUUCCGGUAAUCGGAGGAACUUUAAUAAGAUGGAAAGAGACGCCGCGAGGGCGGGUGAAGACAAAAAAAGAUUCUCUCUGACGGAGCUUCACCUUGCAUACGAGAGAGAACUCGAUUCUAAAUAAAGUACGUGCGAGGGAAGUAUAUCCGAGGACACACAAGUAUUCGCGAUUCGAUGUACAUUCAUUCAUACGUAUCGUAUUCGCAUACAGUAUCGUUGUAUACACGCGCGAAAAAGAAAAUUGAGGAAUAUAAUGCACGCGCACUCUGGGAAAGAUUUUUUUUCCACAAGAGUAUACUUACUGCUACCCAUUUGAAAUCGACACUGUUUUAUAUGAAUUAUUGCCUAUAGGGACGCAUGUCAUGAGCCAAGCAUGAGAGGACAAAAAAAGGGAGGGGGGAUGAGAAUAUUGUACAAAAUUAUUAUUAAUGAUCAAUAUUAAUAUUAUUAUACUGUAACAAUCCCAAUUUAAUUAAUUACUCGUCGUUAUCGUGUUAGUCGAAUAUUUACCGAUUUUAUGAUAUAAUUUGUGUUUUUAGUUUUUUUAUUGUAGGGAGGAAGAUGGGGGUUUGUGUGCGAUCGAUCACCAAGGCAAUUCAUACGCGACUAGAGAAGAAAAAGAAAAUUUUCUUUCAUUUAUCUUUGGCUUGUUUCUCGAAACGCAUCGCGAGAAUGAGUUAUGAUUUUUAUUGAUUUCAUUGAUUUCAUUGAAAUGAUGAUUUGCUAGCACAGACAAUGAAACGGUUGAAACAUUGCAUUUUUGCCGUUACAACUUAUCUACGAAUAUUUAUGAUGCAUUCACUUAAAUUUAAAAAGACUAAUUUGUAAUUUUAUUUUUAAUAACAUUACGUUUUCAAUUAAGAUUUAAUUUCUGACAUGAAUAAAAAUUGUGAUAUAUGUGCACAAAUCCAAAGUAUGUGCAUAAUAUAUUACAUUAUUAUUUUAAAAUCAAUUAGACAAUUACUAUUAUAUACAUUUUAAAAUAUGACCAGUGAAUUAUUUUAGAAUAUGACUAGUGGAUUAUUUUAAAAUGAAAAAUAUUGUUUUAGUUUGUGCUAAGUAAGCACAUUGUUUAAUAAUUGUUAUCUAUCAAUUAACUAUGUUUAGAAGUUUAUAUCUAUAAUUGAAAUGUAUUAUUUUCUUUACAGUUAUAGAAAUCAGUUUUUUAUUUUUUUUUUUUUUUCAAGAAAGAAGUUAUUUUUUUAUUUAUUGUUUCAUUCGUUUUCAAAAUAAUUGUUUAUGAUUUGAUAUGAUUAAAAAUAUAAUUCUGUUAUAUGUAUAUAUAUAUAUAUAAAUAUAUAUAUCUCACAUCUCGAGAAAAUGCGGCGAAGUGAAACAGAGCGAGUUAAAUUACUUUAUCUUUAAAAAAAAAAUGUAUUAUUUAUAUAGAAGAAUUAAAUGAUUGAAACAACCGAUAAAAUACAAUGGAUUUUAAUUUUACGGGUUUAAAUUAUUUUCUUCUAUAUAAAGAAGAAAAAAUUUUGUAUAUAUACAUAUAUGUAUGAAAUUUUAUACUUUUACAUAAGUAAACUUCUCAUCCGAAGCUGAAAGAGAGCUAAAAGAUAUUGAAUCUGUCCUGAUCUAUAUCGAUCGAUCGCACACAAUGAUAAUAACAAGGUUUUAAUAACGAUGCCGCGAGAGCAUCCGAUUCGUUCGCAGGUGCCGCGGAAAGUGUUCCAACAAAAAAAUUCGCGUGGCUGUCGCGAGAUUUAAUUUGGUCGCGAAUUGCCUGCCCACCCUGCCCUUGCAAACUACGUUGCCUCGACAAAUGUGUCUAAUGUGUCUAAUUUAUUGAUGAUGCGAUGUAUAAUGCGACGAUAAUUAGCAAGUUAUUAGUUUAAUCUGGCAGACACAAAUUAGUUUAAUUGAGCGCUAGUAAUCUAAAAAGAAGGGUAUGUAAGAAAGAGAAAGAGUGGCGCGUGAAAAUGUGUGAGUGCACGAUCGAUGCGUGACACCAUGGUAUGUAUAUUGCAUGUGCGAGUGUGCUUUCUGGAUACUUGUUAUCCACAAUUAUAUCCACAAUUUUUCCUUCCGCUCUUUCGUUCGCAAAUUGUUAUUGCUUUAAUUUCGAAUUUUAUCGUAUAUAUAUUAGAUAGUCCAGAAAUCAAUUUCGAUUCUCAUGAUAAUAGUUCGACAUUUGCUGUAGAAUACAUUAUUGUUUUAUAAUAUGUAACAACAUUUAAUAUUAGAUGCGGGAAUAAACAUGAAGAGAAAAGAUUUUCGUAGGAAUUAUUUUUCUUAUAUAUAACUAUAUAUAUACACAUAUUUAAAUGCACAAAUGCCGAAACUUAUCUUAAGCUUAAUUAAGUAUUCGAUCAGAGAUUAAUGAUUUAAUGCAUGAUUUAGUUUUCAUUCAAAAAGUCUUGAAAAAUACACACAUAUAGAUAAGAGUCUCUUAAAAGAUCUUGAGGAAUAAGAACCGUUUUACACCGUAAACGAUCAUUUUUUGCAACAGAAGAAAAAUGACACUUCAACAUUAAACAUCUCGCAAUGUACGCGUUAGAAUCUGAAAACUUCUAAAAUUAAAAUGUACCAAACGUUUACGAAAGUCUUUCAAUUUUUUCGGAGAUAUGUUUUUUUGAACAUUGACUUUUUAAGUGAUUUUUAUCAAAUUGUCCGAGAAGAAUCCGUAAAUGAUAUAAAGUCCUUUCAUGGUAUUUUUUAAAUUAAAUAUUAAUACACACUUUUUUCUCAGAUCAAAAUUUUAUAAAAAUACGGGAAUAAUUUAUAAUUAAUUUGUAAAUAGAGAGUCUAUAAUUUGUAAAUAGUUUACAUUAUAUAAAUUUGCGUGUUUUUUUUUAUAAAUAAGGAAACUUUGUUUUCUUAAACAAAAAUUAAAACAAAUAUAAUAAAUUUUUUUUUUCUUUUUUUUUCUAGAAGCCACGCACAUUUUCUUUCAAUAUCAAAAAUAAAAAUAAAUAUUUGAUUUGAAAUAAGUUUAUGGAAAACAAAUAGAGAAAAAUGAUCGAAAUGAAAAUACAUUUUAUCAUAUAUGUACACAUAUAUAUUUAGAUAUAAAAUGCAAUUUAAUAUUUGAUAUAAUUUUAUGUAUGAAAAAUGCUAUAUAUGAUAAAAUAUAUUUUGCAAUUUCAAAGCUUCAUGUUUCUCUCUCUAUUUAUUUUCUAAUAAAAUUUGAAAAUAUUUGAAUAAAGCACGUAUUAUUCUUAUAUCUAGAAUUUGGUGGAUUAUGUCAUAGAAAAUAAAUUAUUUACUCGAUAAUUUCACAUCAUCAAAGUGUGUUCAGUGGAAAGCUUGAUAAUAAUAUAUAUUUGCUUCUUUUUGAAUCAAAUAAUCUCAUUACAUAUUUUCGAGUGAAUCGAGUAACGGAGAUGAUAUAGAUUAAUUUAAUCAUAUUUUAUAUUAUCAUUAUUGUUCUCGAACAUGGAAAAUGAAUGUAGAAAAAAUUGUUGGAUUCAGAAGAACACAUUAUUAUCAGUAAAAAUUUUUUGAUCAAGAUCAUAAAAUUUUCAAAAAUUCAACGUUCUUUUAAAUAUGAAACUAUGCAAUUUUUCAACAUCACAUAGAAACACUCGUAUUCUUCUAGUCAUUCUACGUAAAAAAAAUAUUAAAAAUAUGUCAAAAAGUUUAUGAAAUAUUUUGUUUUUUAUCUUUCAAUGUUCUGUGUGUGUGACAAAGUAUGAAAUAUUUCAUAUAGUAUUUAAGAUUCACUUCGUCUCAUGAUCUUAUCUUAAUUUUUUUUACCGAUAAUUGCAUGUCCUAUUAUAAAAUCAUACUAUAAUCAAUACUAUAAUCUAUACAAGUUAUUAUUAUUUAUUAUUAAUAUUUUAAUCAUAAUUACUUUUAUAUAUUAGUUUUUAAUAAUGUAAUGAAUAAUUAUUUAAUAAUUUAAAAAUGCAGAAUGGCAUAAUAUAAAUAUUUUGAUAAUGAUAAUGAUUCGAAUAAUGAUGAUUGACAUUAAUUAUAAUUAUGUAUUUAUAAUCAAUUAUAUAAUUAAUUUUUACACUUCUUAUAAAGCAGUGUUUGCACGAGUACGGAUGACCGAAUUCAUUAUUAGAUUCUUGCCUAGAAAAUUUUUUUUCUUGAUUAUCAAGUUUUUCAUUCGUAAUUUUAUCAAACGAAUUCAUGCGCAAUUAUAUAAUACUUCUGAGAUUGUCAAUAAAUAAUAUACUUGUCUGAUUUUAGUUAUUGAUACAUACACAUACACGCACACACACACACACACACACAGUCUUCGUCGAGAAAUAUCGUAUUCUCAAGGUCGCGUGUUUGUCGAUACGAUUAAUUUUCAUGCCCGAAGACUGAGACAAAAGGAUUUAUGAUGGUUCCGUCAAAAUGGAGUGCCGAGCCGCGUCUACUGCGAUUGUCAUAUAUAAGAGUCCUUGAUAACUAUUUACAGGAUCUGCCAUAUAUAGCAUCGGAGUCGCUCGUGCACUUAUUAAGCUUGUGCCUCUUUAUCUUAAGCGUCUUCGACCUACAUUCCACGUGCUUUAUUAUCUUAAGCGUAGAUAAGACCCACUCUACGCUCUAGAAGAUAUAGAUUAUUUCCGUUUUCUUAUCUCAAAUUUCAAAACAUCGGUGAUUAAUUUUUCAUGGAAUAGGUAACAUUGUAUGAAUAUGACAAUUGUGAUUAUAGUUAAAUAUUUGUGAUUGUACAGAUAUUUUGGAUAGAAUAAGGCUAUAUCGAAAGGAAAGAUAAUUUAAUAUUUAGAUAUGAAAAUUUCCAAAAUUAUUCGUUCACAAUAAUCAGGCAAAUUUUGAUCUUUUUUAUCGGAUCUUUUAUUCAAUAGGCAGUAUAGUCACUUUGGUACUGAGCGCCACUUCCAUUUCUCGCCUAUAUAUAUAUUUUUUUUUUUAUUGUCAAGUCCAUUCUAGAUUCUCAAAUUUCACAGAACACCUUGUAACAGAACAUUGCACUGCCACAGAUUCGGGUCUCAUAUUUUUCCCUUUAUUAUUUUUUUAUAAUUAUUUCUAUUUCUCUACUUAAAUUUCAAAUGCUAUUCUUAAAUUUAUUUUAUUGAUUAUAUAUUAAUGCUAUAUGUGUUUUGAGAUUCUCACAAUUUGCUUUUGUUAAUAAAUCAGAGAUAUUUAAUUUUAGUGAUGAUCUGAAAAUAUUUUUUGAAGAUAUUUAAAAAACUGAGAUCUUUCUAAAACCCAAAAAAAUUUUCGACAAAGUUUAAUUUCUGUUAAAAAGUCAAUGUUUAAAAGAGAGUCUCCGAAAAAAAUAUAUAUUUAGUAAAUGAGAAAAAGCUGGAUAAGUAGAUUUGGUACAUUAGCUGAAAACCAAUUUACUUAUUUUUAUUUUGAUUAAUAACGUUUAUUCUUACGCAGGGAGGAAUUAAUUAAUUAGCGCUAGAAAUCGAAAUUUAUUUCUGGGCAAAUAAUCGCGUUAGAGAACCAACACUUGACUGAAUGUGACAUAAUAAUGAUUCAAUGGUUCUCUCUUCAAUUUGUGUAUUAAUUAUCUUAACUUGAUACAGUAUGUAUCAAUUAAAUCAAAUAUUGGGUCAUUUGUCUCGUGACCUAAAUUAAUUGUAUUUUAAAAUAAUCACUUUUCAUGCUGAAGAAGCAAAAUUCAACGCGUCAUUUUGUGAGCAAUUUAAGUUUAGAUUUCGAUUUAAUUAAUUUUUUUUUUAAAUUUCUUUUCCUGAUGUAUUUUACGGCGAAAGAACGGAAAGUGAUGGAAUUCUUCGUCGAUUAUUCAAGAUCACUUUGGAUCAGCCGCGUAAAUGUAUCUUAUACGUUCUGUUGCUCUUGUGUUUUUAAAGCAGUGGACCUAUUCUCUGCAGAUAAAAAUGAAAUGUAAAAAUUUUAAAAAUGAGAAUAAAAAUUUGAAAAAAAAGAAACAGAAAAUUGAGAUAGAAUACAUGAAAUAUGUAAAGCAAAGACGUAAAGCCUGUUAUAGACAGUAAUCCAAUUUUAUACCAAAUGACUUAUAAAAUUAGAACCGAUAUGGAAAAUUCUCGUCGACUGCGAAAUAAAAUCGAAGCUAACCGGAAGCCAAUUUUCGAGUCGAACGUAAAACAUUAAAAAAAAAAAAACCUUUCGGUAUUUUUCUCGUAAGUGUAAUGUGUAUAUACGAGAGAGAAAUAUCGGGGCUCUUCAGCCUCUGAUUAACAUGUGUGAGAGCAAUAAAAAUCGAAGUCAAGGAACCCACGUGAUCUGAAGAAACCUCGAGAUUUUUUUACAAGGUAGGACCUGCGAUCACAAUGCAUUCAGUUAUUGCACUCCGCUGUAACUGUUGCAUCGCGCAUUUUCUUGCUAUUUCUCAUGAUUGUCACUUUAAUCUUUCCACCAAAUUUUGCCAGAUUCUCAAUUCGUUAUUUUUCAAACGCGAUUAUUAAAAUAAUAUAUAUUAAAAUUUUAUUUUGAUAUUUUUUUAUCCCUUUUUUUUAUCUCUUUAUUCCUCGAGCAAUUAUAAUGAAUGCGUGAAAUAAAGUAUUAUAGUAAAUAUGUCUGGGCUGCAUUCCAAGAACGAUCGGCUAACAUUUUAUAAAAAAACCAGAGUAAGCUGAUUCGAAUAAAUUCAAAAUGAGAAAUAGUGGAAAAGCGUAAUGAAGGAGUCAGACUGCGUCUCGUGGACGCUCGGAAUCGCAGUAGCGGAAUUUGCGUUUCACAAGGACUCUUGUUAGACGCGAUCUAUGUAAAUUAAGACUAAGGAGGUUUAAAGAAAUAAUAUUCCUCAUCUCAAAAGCGAGGAUCAUCAGAGUCGCCUCUGAUUGCACUCUAUUUUUUUUUAACAAACAUGCUCCCAUCCAUAUAUUAUUACGCGUUUUAAAACGAACGCGAGUCUUCUAUUUUAGAGUAGGGUUUUGGAGUACAACCCUCUCUGGACUUAUUAUAACGAGCGAUCUCACGUCUAUUUAAAUGUAAGUUUUUACGCGUUUUCAGCGUAUUAUGACACAUUAGCGGUAUCAUAUAACUGACACAUAAACUGAGAUACAAAACUUAUAAGUAUAUAAUGCCUUAAUGUUAAUGAUAAUAUCGGAAGCGUUAUUGUAUAAUUAGCUGAGACAGGAAGGGGCGGAGAUACUUGUGGUGGAAAGGAAACCAGGCCAACAUACAAAAUGCCGAAGACGCGAUCGAUGUCUCCAUUUUGUUCGCGAUAUUUGAUAUUUUCUUAUAAUUCCAAUAAAAUGAGAGAGAGAGAGAGAGAGAAAAAGAAAGAGUGUGUAAGUGAAGUGUGUCCCAUAGCGAAUUGCUAUCUAAAAUAGUUCAAGCUAGAUGUCGAUGUUUGUAGCAGAUAAAGAACAAUGCAACGCAGCAUAUUGUAAUUAAAAAAAUUAAAAACUCAUUAAUAUCA